GCUGCCGCCGUCUGAGUCGUCACUUCCUCCGUGUUGUCAUGGUUCUCGAGGCCUACUGAGCGUUUGUGGAGCCUCCGCCUGGAGUCAAAGGAGCGUUCCCUCUUGAUUGAUGUUACUCGGGGGUUCGGUGGCAGCGGCGGCAGCAGGAGGAGGAGGAGGAGGUGGAGGUGAGCUCCGAGCCGCCAGUCCCGCUCUCUCGCUUCAGGCCCCGUUAUAAACCUCAUCCGUCACAGAGGGAGUGCAGCAGCGAGGCUCACUAGGUUUAUAACGAGUCACAUUCACAGAGAUCUGACUAAAGUUAGAAGAAUGACCACCCAGUACAGUAUCCUAUUUAAGCAGGAACAUGCUCAUGAGGAUUCUAUCUGGUCUGUGGCUUGGGGAAAAAGUGAGAAGGAUAGCUCAGAAACCAUAGUGACUGGGUCACUGGAUGACCUUGUUAAAGUCUGGAAAUGGGUGGAUGAGAAGCUGGAACUGCAAUGGACUCUAGAGGGUCAUCAACUAGGUGUUGUGUCAGUUGACAUUAAUCACACUGGCACCACUGCAGCUUCCAGUUCUCUGGAUGCACAUAUCCGCCUUUGGGAUUUAGAAUCAGGCAAACAGAUUAAGUCUUUGGAUGCUGGACCAGUUGACGCCUGGUCCGUGGCCUUCUCUCCAGACGGCAAGUUUUUAGCAACAGGGAGUCAUUUGGGGAAAGUUAAUAUCUUUGGUGUUGAAAGUGGCAAGAAGGAAUCUUCCUUGGAUACAAGAGGGAAAUUCAUCCUCAGUAUUGCAUAUAGUCCCGAUGGGAAGUACCUCGCCAGCGGUGCUAUAGACGGUAUCAUCAACAUAUUUGAUAUUGCAACUGGAAAGCUUCUGCAUACGCUAGAAGGUCAUGCCAAGCCAAUUCGAUCUCUGACUUUCUCUCCGGAUUCUCAACUUCUAAUUACAGCCUCGGAUGAUGGCUACAUCAAGAUUUAUGAUGUCCAACAUGCCAGUCUUGCGGGUACACUAAGUGGUCAUGGAUCUUGGGUACUGAGUGUCGCUUUCUGCCCAGAUGACACACAUUUUGUAUCAAGCUCUUCUGACAAAAGCGUAAAGGUUUGGGAUGUUGCCUCAAGAAGUUGCGUGCACACCUUCUUCGAUCACCUGGACCAGGUCUGGGGUGCAAAGUACAAUGGGAAUGGAUCAAAAAUUGUCUCCGUUGCAGAUGAUCGUGAGAUCCAUAUUUAUGAUUGUCCAAUCUGAAGUUUGCUUGCACUACGUAAAGUUGCACCCUCAGGGUGGUGCAAGAGUGCACAAGCUCAGAGUGGUGCCUAUGUGGGAAUGGGUGAAAGCCAAUAAGCUGCUUUUUAUAAUGACUGAAAUAUUAUGGAACCAAAAGGAGGGAUCAUGGAGUCCUGUUUGAACCAGAUCAACAGUUCCAGGUUUUGUUUUAAUUUGAUAUAUAUGGCUUUUCCCACAAAAGGAACUUUUAUUGUAUUUCUGUCGAUGUUGUAUCCCAUUAAGGCUUAAUUUUUGUUCUUAUUCAUGAGGUUGCCUGAAUAAACCAUGUUUUAUAAA